AUUGUAAAAACAUCGAUGCAUCGAUGUUUCUCCACCACACAUCCAUUUUUUCGACAACACAACAAUUAAGCCAAUCCAUGGAUCCAGUUGCCAUCCGUCCCAGGGCGCCGAGAUCGGGAAAGCGCGGGGACCUGCGGCUGAUGGCGAAGAAGCCGGGACCAAAGAGGAUGUACCACUGCGGUGUUUGCUUGGAGGGAUUCUCGCGGCAUUUGGCAACUAAGCGACACGAGCAGCAGUGCGAGGCCAAGUUAAGGCGCCUGUUUAUCUGCCGGCUCUGCCUGACGCUCUACGGCGAGGAGUCCCGGAUGGAGCGGCAUCGGGAGAGGAAGCACGCCGACGGCCAGUUUCUGUGCCUACAGUGCGGCAAGCGGUAUGCAUCCGCUACGUUCCUGUACCGCCAUGUGGUCAGCUGGCACGGCGAGCAGUCGCUCUUUUACUGUGGCAUGUGCGCAGAUAACUGCAAUGACGUGAAGACCUUCUGUGGGAUGCGGGAGUUGCAGGAGCACGCCGAGGAGGUGCACCACCUUCGCUCCCUGGAGUCGAGUGCCAGCGAUACAGGCAGCCUGGUCGAUGAAACCGAAAACCUGGAAAUGCUGGAGGAGAACAUCGAGGACAUCCUACCCAGCGUCGACUGGGACGACGAUCUAACCUUUGGUUGGCCCAUGGAUCUAGACAAGGAGUCGUGCAUUGCGGACGCCAAGCCGAGCGUGUUUGUGUGUCCCUUUUGCGCCAAUGGCUUCUCGGGCAGUCUGAGCCUGGUGCGGCAUCUGGAGCAGGCUCACGAGCGAAAUCUCCUGGACUGCUGCUACUGCGGAAAGAGCCAUAGGAGCCGGGAGGCCUUGCGGUGCCACCUGCAACGUGUCCACGUUCUGUUGCGCGGUCAUGUAUGCGGUGUUUGCCAGGCGGACUUUGCCACCUCCGAUCAUCUAAAGAAGCACGUAAAUAGCCGGCACCUGAACCACCGACCACACCAGUGUCCCACUUGCGGCAAAAGCUUCGCCCAGCGGUGUCAUCUUACCCAGCACAUGGCCACGGAUCGCGGGCAUGGGCACGGUAAGUUCGUCUGCCAACUCUGCCUAUGGCCGUUCUUUCGUGCCAUCGAUCUGGAACGGCAUGUAAACGAGAAGCAUCCCUAGGUGACCAAUUAGGACGGACAUUCGAUGGAAAAUAGAUUCACCUUUUCAGAAAGCUAGUUGAUAUUGCUGAAGACAUGAAAAGUGAAUUUAGUUUAUUUUUUUUACAACUACAUUUUCAAACAUUCGGAAAACAUGUUUUUUCUAUCUACUUAGCAUUCAUGAUCAUUUAUUUGACGUUCAUUUAUAAUUCGCUGUGCAGACUUAACAAAUGUAAUAUAUGUACAAUAAAGAUUUAAUAGAUAUUUAUCUUAAA